AUGGCGCCUGUUGCGGUGGCACUGGCGUCUGCGGGUACGGCCCUACAUACUGUGGUACGGGGUGCAUUUCGCAAUGUGAUGCUAAAGCCGAGUGCGGACAGUAUGCGGAGCAACCUGGGCAGACUUUGCGGAACAACCAAGGACUUCUGUGGGAAGGGAUGUCAGAGCAACUGUGUCUUAAACCCUACGCCACCGGGUGGCAAAGCCUCGGUAGGCGUGUUAGAGAACAAGGUCAUCGGAUACUAUGAGGCGUGGAUGGCUCGUAAGAGCUGUCACAAGAUGACACCGACCGAUUUGCCCUUAGAUGCACUCACCCAUGUAUUUUUUGCAUUCGCCUCAAUUGAUCCCUCGUCGCAUCAGGUAGUCGCGAUGGAUUCUUCAACCCCAGCCAGCCUUUUCCAAGACACGACCAAUAUCAAAUCCAUUAAACAAGAUAUCAGUGUGUUUGUUAGUAUUGGAGGUUGGACAUUCUCUGACAAUGGUACCGCGACUCAACCGUUGCUCGGAGAAAUUGCUGGGGAUGAGACAAAACGGAGAACAUUCGCCAACAAUGUAGUGCACUUCUUGAGGCAAUACGGGUUUGACGGUGUCGAUUUUGAUUGGGAGUAUCCCGGUGCGGGUGACAGAGGCGGCAAACCUGAGGACACCAAAAAUUAUGUUCUCUUACUCAAGACACUGAGAGAGACCUUUGACGCUAGUGGAAGUAAAUUCGGUCUGACCUUUACUGCCCCCUCCUCAUACUGGUAUCUUCGCUGGUUUGACCUACCUAAUAUGAUUAAAUACGCGGACUGGAUUAAUGUGAUGACCUACGACCUCCAUGGGGUUUGGGACUCUAAUAAUCCAAUCGGAAGUAUUGUGCAGGGACAUACCAACUUGACUGAGAUCAAAACUGCGUUAGAUCUUUUCUGGAGAGUGGGUAUACCGCCUGCACAAGUGGUCUUUGGUGUUGGAUUCUAUGGCCGGGCGUUCACCCUUGCAGACCCUAAUUGCAAAACGCCAGGGUGUCCCUUUAGUGGUGCUUCUGAUGCUGGACCCUGCUCUAACACCGGCGGUAUGCUCGCGUACUAUGAGAUAAUGAGCCUGUUACAGGGAAGUUCCGCAAAAAAACGAGCUACGAUUACCCCAACCCAUGACAAAGAGGCUGCAGUUAACUACUUUACUUUUGAUGAUAACCAAUGGAUCUCGUAUGAUGACAAGACGACAUUCAAACAGAAAAUUGACUGGGCAAAUGAGAUUGGUUUGGGAGGCGCCCUGAUCUGGGCCUCGGAUCUGGAUGAUGAUAAAUACUCCGCUCAUUCAGGUCUUCUCAGCAAAGAAGUUAUCUCUACAUCAACGCUCCAGAGUAUAAGCAAAGCGGUAUCGAAUCCCAAGUCUGUGAUUGAAGACCUGGCAGCGUUCAAUGGGCAGAAGUGUUUUCGGUACUCUGGAAAGUGCGUGAAUUUGAAUGACGAUCAAGCCAUGGCCAAAGCCUGUGGCAGUGGUUAUACCGUUGUCGGCUGGGAUGAUGCUGGAUGUGGCAAGAAAAGCUGCCACUGCGGAAAGCCGGUUUGUUGUCCAUCAAAUGCUGCCCCGAAGGGGUGCAGUUGGCGGGGUGACAACACCGGUCAGCUCGGGUCUCGUUCAGACUGCAGUGGACAGUGCGAGGCGGGUGAAAUGAACAUUAACGGUAUCCGCUCGUCAUGGGGCGGCGGAUUUACCAAUGAUGGCAAUACUGACAAGUGUGGUCGCGGGUAUAAAGUCUUCUGUUGUCCGGACCCUGACUAUAAGGAAGUCACCAAGGGCUGUUCCUACGCGGCAUGUGGAAAGGACUGUCCCAGUGGAAAAGCAGCUGUCUUCACAAAUUACGAUGACUGCUACUCUAAGGGGCAGAAAUACUGCUGUCCUACCCCAGUCGAGCUCACCGGCUGUCACUGGGAGGGCGGCAAAGGUGGUCGAGAUUGCGCGAAUGCUAAAUGUAAUUCGACCGAGCUUCAGGUUGCGAAGUCAGUACUGGGUGAUAGUUAUUCCACCUGUGAUUGGGGUCGCAGCAGGGCUGCAUGCUGCACGGUAAAGAAAGCACCAACUCCCAAAGCCAUGUGCACCAUGAAGCUUUGCACUAUGGAUAGUGAAUACUGUGGAGAGAGCAGCAGUGACUUUGUGAAACGAGAUGUGGGCGUUCUAGAAACGCAAGAGCUUGCUGUGACGGUUAAAAAACAAGGCCUAGAGAAACGUGCUGGCAAAGAUAUAUCGAUCAUCAAGGUUGGGGAUAUCGCAAUCACCAUUAUAAUUGCGGCGUAUCCAUCCAUUGGCGAGAUUUGGACCAUCACCAAAGCGGCGCGAGUUCUCAAGAAAGCGUUCUUGACGCGGACUGGCUACUGUGGGGGUUCCGUGAUGGACGUGAGAGACCUCCCGGCUUUGCCGACCAAGGAGCAGUAUAGUGGUCUCGAUGUUGAGCACCCAAUGGACAAGAAGUUAAUCACCUGGUUUGUUCAAUCCGCCGCGAGCGGAACACUUUCUUCCGGAGCUCGGUUCAGGGCAUUUGAUACAAUCGACGCUCAGUUCUGGCAAAAUGUAUGGAACGAGGCCAACCAUGAUCUAGCCAAUAAGCCAGCUGUGGGGAGCAGAGAGGGGAAACAGCCGGCAAAACCGAAUGAACGUGUUGCAGAGGCCCUUGGGUCGAGACAUAACCCGUACCCCUUUAUGGCUGUGGAGAGUGAACUCAACAUCGCCAAGGGAAAGAUUUUCGAGCUCAAGAACCCAAUUGACCCUGCUAAGAUCAAGAAGAAAGCAAAGGCGUGCGUGAAGAAAGACACUGAGGAGGCAGCCAACGAGUUGCUCUCACUAUUCCAGACGGCAUUCUCGGCCCUGGAGUAUAUACGCGAUAGUAGAUUUGAGCUUCGCUUUAACGACGUGCACCAGAAAAUGUAUCAACAGCUGGGCUUCAUUGAGGAGACGACAGAAACCGACAACUUGCAGAAUUGGUGGGAAGUGUGGUCGGAAGAUCACUUCACGGAAGCAGUGCGGCGGGUGCGUAUCUGGGCACGAGGGGCCAUUCGUGACGCGAGGGCUCCCUUCAUUGAAGCACGCAACAACGGCCGCAACCUGGCCCAAUACGAUCGUGUGAUGAACGCGUUGGAGGAGUUCGAAGACCUCAUCGCGCAGAUCCGCAUGCCGACCAUGUACCACCAGAAGACGCCCAAUCCUCACAACGGGGAAGGGCCAAGCGGGUAUAAUUCAUAGAUGUGACUGUUAUCUAGUGAGCUAUAUGAAGAUAUCUCACAUACGAUGUCAGUUACCUGCGAGCCGAGCUUCAGUGGCAGAAGGAAUCAAACAAGCUCUCCCACAAUUUCCAGAGGAUAUGUUCGGUAUAUUCCACAUGAUAGAGGACAUGCUAAUUGAGGUCACUGCAAGUCUUCGAGAAGCUAAGCAGCGGUAUUUUCAAGCUUUGGGUUUUGAGGGCAAUACUGGCCAUAGGGGCAUAAUCCAGAGCUUUCUAUAUUAUAUUUCAAUUUUGUUAUAUUUAAAUAUAGCAUCUAUGCAGAUCCAGCAAGAUACAAAAAUAAUGACCGCGUCAUCUAUAGAUUUGAUAUAAGAUCUGA